ACCAACCUACCGACAGCAGAUUGAACACACACACACACACACGCACAUGGCGGUUGAGACCUUUCUACUCUGGUCGCGUUUGUAGCAUGUCUCUCGCGCCGACUGUACUCUACCCGCUAACGCUGCCUGAACUACUAAACUACAUCCUCACAAGUCAGUCUAACGUAGCUCCUACGAUACUCGUCAUAUGCUCCAGUCGGGAUGCCUUUGUCCAAGACCUUUCGGCUGCACUACGGGUAGAGCACGGCGAGGAUGCUGCAGGCGGGUUAGAACAGCUGGUCACGCCUACGCUUCACAACCUGUUCACUGCACGACUUGUCAAACUUGCCUUUUGUGCGUCCGUGCAAGCAUUGCUAGCCUACCUGACUGCAUAUGGCGGGUCUGGAUCUAAGCCUGAUGGUGUUCUCGGGAGAAAGGAAAGGCUGGUGCUGGUGAAUCCACUCGCUCUGCAUGCACCAACCCCAUCAUUCUCCGCCCAGGGACUAUCAAGGACCUUUGCAGCAGCGGCAGAGACUGCAUUAAAGACCGAUGCUGUGCUCCACGUUGUCGAAUGCCAAGGGAAACAGAGAGCUGCUGAGGAGCACGAGGAGCACGAGGAAGAAGGUACCGGGAUAUUCAACGAGGACGAGGAAUGCCACGCCAAGGUCGGGGAGGACGACCCAUGGGAACAGCAGGUGUCAGUUCUAAACGUGUCGGCCCGGAGGUUUGGAUCCGACGCGGGCGGGAAAGCUUGGGUGGGUCGGACUGUCAGGGCGAAGAGGAUUGCCGGAAGAUGGUUCCAUUUUCACAUGCUUGAAGACUACCAAAAAUCUGAGAGUCGGCAGUGAUUGGGCCAUGGGUGCAACGGAGGGCAUGUAUGAAGAGGGUUCGAACGUUCGAACGCUUCGAUUUGACUAUGCUACGGACACCCAUAUCGAAGUGGACACAAGUCAACAGUUUCAGUUCAUCGAAUCGUCAGCCAUGGCAUCGUAAUUUUGGCAGAAGCCGCUGCUCUCUGGAUAUUCACCACCUCGAGCCAAGAUGGAACCACUGUGGAAUCCGACCAUAUCACAAACAUAACCUUUUUAAGCUCCAACUCGUCGAGUGCUCAUUUCCAGUCCUUCUUGAUAUCGAAAGACCACUUGAAUUGCAGAUGCGUCUGGUUGUCAUCGUCGACGAACUUGGAGACGGCCGUAUAGUGGCCGCGGCCGAGCAUGCCAGAAGGAGCGGU